AUGUCAGUGCUGCUGUCUGUGGACCACACUUUGCAUAACAAGGAUCUAGACUGUGCUCCAUGUUACUUUAGACUUGAAUCUGAAAUCUCAGAAGAUUUUGGCCGCUGGAUCACUGUGGGCAACUGCCUGCACAAGACCACCGUGCUGGCGGACACCGCCUGCCUCUUCACCCCGCUGGCGCCGCCCCUGGAUUACUCCCACUAUAUCUCGCUGCCCGCGGGUGUGCUGAGCCUGGCCUCCUGCACCCUCUACGGCAUCUCCUGGCAGUUCGACCCCUGCUGCAAGUACCUGGUGGAGUACGACGCCUACAGACUGUCCCGGCUGCCCCUGCACACACUCACCUCCUCCACCCUGGUGGUGCUGGUCCUGAAGGACGACUUGCACAGGAAGAGACUGCACAACACGAUAGCACUGGCGGCUCUGGUGUACUACGUCAAGAAGAUUUACGAGCUCUGCGCUGUAUGA